CUCCCGCGCUCCCCGCGCUCGGCUCGGGGCAGGUAGAGCCAGGAAUCCCGGCCCCUGGCGCGCCGGCCGCAGCAGCUGACCCGCGACCCUCGCCCCAGACCCGCGCAGUCCCUUGCGCGCCCAUGGCCGGCUCGGAGCAGCAGCGGCCGCGGCGGCGGGACGACGGAGAUUCGGCCGUGGCAGCGGCGCCCCUGCAGGACGCGGAGCUAGCCCUGGCCGGCAUCAACAUGCUGCUCAACAACGGCUUUAGGGAGUCAGACCAGCUUUUCAAACAAUACAGAAAUCAUAGCCCGUUAAUGAGUUUUGGAGCCAGCUUUGUCAGUUUUUUGAAUGCCAUGAUGACGUUUGAGGAAGAGAAAAUGCAGCUAGCCUGUGAUGACUUAAAAACUACAGAAAAGCUGUGUGAAAGUGAAGAGGCUGGAGUAAUUGAAACAAUCAAGAAUAAGAUCAAGAAGAAUGUUGAUGUCCGAAAAUCUGCCCCCUCCAUGGUUGAUCGGCUUCAGAGGCAGAUAAUCAUAGCUGACUGUCAAGUUUACCUGGCUGUGCUUUCAUUUGUGAAACAAGAAUUAUCAGCAUAUAUAAAAGGUGGGUGGAUCCUCAGGAAAGCCUGGAAGAUUUACAAUAAAUGUUAUCUGGACAUCAAUGCCCUUCAGGAGCUGUAUCAGAAGAAGCUAACUGAAGAGCCCUUAACUUCUGAUGCUGCAAAUGAUAAUCACAUUGUGGCUGAAGGGGUGUCUGAGGAGUCUCUAAACAGACUGAAAGGUGCUGUUAGCUUUGGAUAUGGCCUUUUUCACCUUUGCAUAUCCAUGGUGCCCCCAAACCUGCUCAAAAUCAUCAACCUGCUGGGUUUUCCUGGAGACCGCCUACAGGGGCUUUCUUCACUGAUGUAUGCAAGCGAAAGUAAGGACAUGAAGGCCCCUUUAGCUACAUUAGCUCUUCUCUGGUAUCACACUGUCGUCCGCCCUUUUUUUGCCUUGGAUGGCAGUGACAACAGAGCAGGUCUGGAUGAAGCUAAGGAAAUUCUUCUCAAAAAAGAAGCUGCUUAUCCAAACUCUUCUCUCUUUAUGUUUUUCAAGGGACGAAUACAACGAUUAGAGUGUCAAAUCAACAGUGCCUUGACUUCCUUCCACACUGCUUUGGAACUUGCAAUAGAUCAGAGAGAAAUUCAACAUGUGUGUCUGUAUGAAAUUGGUUGGUGCAGCAUGAUCGAGCUGAACUUCAAGGAUGCAUUUGACUCCUUUGAGAGGCUAAAAAACGAGUCCAGGUGGUCCCAGUGCUAUUACGCCUAUUUAACUGCAGUAUGUCAGGGAGCCACUGGUGAUGUGGAUGGGGCACAGAUUGUCUUUAAAGAGGUUCAAAAACUCUUCAAAAGGAAAAACAAUCAGAUUGAACAGUUCUCAGUGAAAAAGGCAGAGAGAUUUCGGAAACAAACGCCAACCAGAGUGCUCUGUGUGCUGGCAUCUAUUGAAGUGUUAUACUUGUGGAAAGCCCUUCCAAACUGUUCCUUUCCCAACCUACAGAGGAUGAGUCAAGCUUGCCAUGAAGUGGAUGAUUCAUCUGUUGUUGGAUUAAAGUAUUUGCUUCUUGGUGCCAUACACAAAUGUCUAGGAAACUCAGAGGAUGCUGUUCAGUUCUUUCAGAGAGCUGUUAAAGAUGAAUUAUGUCGUCAGAAUAACUUGUAUGUUCAGCCCUAUGCUUGCUAUGAACUUGGCUGUCUUCUGUUAGACAAACCAGAGACAGUAGCCAGAGGCAGAACUCUACUCCUUCAGGCAAAGGAGGACUUCUCUGGCUACGACUUUGAAAACAGAUUGCAUGUGCGCAUCCACGCUGCUCUGGCCUCUUUGAGGGAAUUGGUUCCUCAGUGACAGAUCCGAAGUUCCUGCUCUGUCCCUUCCCACCCAGGUUCUGCACUUUAAAAUCAAAGCAGAGGACACAGCUCUUGUGAAGAUCAGCUUUUCUUCUGAAAGCCACCUGUGCCAGAGACACAUUUUCCAGUUAGGCUGACAUGUUAAAACCUCCUCUUUUAAAAAUAUAGCUACAGAGUAAUAAUAGUAACAACAAUAAUAAAAACCUGGUGAGAGGGUUAAGUGACCUCGUUCACAUAUUUUACUUUUGUGAUUUAUUAUUUUUAAAAUAAAAUCAAGCUAAAUAUUCAAUCUGUGAUCUUGUAGGAAAACUUACCUUAAGCACACAUCUGACUGGGUAUAAUGAAGAAAGACUAUAAAGUCAAUAAUAUCAAGAUACAGCAUUUAUAUUGUGUUUAAUAAAAAUAAAAGUGCUUUUUAGUGUUUUA